CUGCUGCGCCGGCCCCAGGCCCGCUACACCCUGCAGGGGGCGCUCCUGGGCGGCCCCGGCCCCGCCCAGCCCCUGCAGGGCCGCCUCGUCCUGGUGGACGAAGCGGAGCCGGAGCUGGAGGCCGGGCCGGAGGCCGGCUGGAUCGGGGUCGUGCCCGUGGGCGAAGAGCAGGGCGAGCCCAAGCAGGGCCCCACCCAGGACACCUUCGCCGCCGCAGCCAGCGUGGUGGACAAGAUGAAGCGGGCCCUGGUCUUGGGAGCGUCGGCGCUGCUCAUCUUGGCGCUGAACCAGAAUGCCCUUCACGAGCUGGACGUGUCCCAGGUCCUGUCCAAGCCGGUCAUCGUCGUCCAGACCUCAGACAACGUCACCAAGCUGCUGGCGGCCCUGCUGCGGGGACUCCAGGCCACCGCCAAGAUCACGUACCAGGCCAUGCUCCUGGAGAACGUGGGCGUCACCCUGACGCUGUGGUCGACGUGCGGCCUGUCCCGCGGCGGGCUCUACGGGGAGUGGCAGGGGGUCAUCUGCCCGGAGGAGGCCGGCUCCCGGGGCCAGAAGUGCCUGCAGCAGCUGUGGAAUACCAUCCUCCUUGUGGCCCUGCUCCUGGGCACGGGCCUGGUGGUCCAAGCCCAGCGCCAGUCCCGCCACCGCCCGCCUGACCGGGAUGACCAGGGUCCCCCGCUGGAUCUGAAGCAGCGGAUCCUGAGGAGGCUUUCGGCCCUGAAAACCCGGCGCUACCACCCGGGCCGGCAGCCCCGGGCCCGCGUGCCCGACAUCCAGACCUGUGCCGUCUGUCUGGACCAGUUCUGCAAGAACCAGUUCCUGCGCGUGCUCCCUUGCCUGCACGAAUUCCACCGGGACUGCGUGGACCCCUGGCUCCUCCUGAGGCAGACCUGUCCUCUGUGCAAACACAACAUCCUGGGAAGCCGCUGCGCCGCCCACGAUGCCCCGGGGUCGGAGGACAGCUGACCACUGUACUCUCCGGACGCCCCUGGACCGGGCCGGGGGAGCGUGCGGCCGCCCCCGUGGAGCAGACCUGGUCUCCCGGGGCCCGGGGGAGCCCCCCACAACCCCGGCCCCCAACCAGCGAGGGCCAGCCUGGGAGGUCAGCGCACGCCACUCAAGUGGACGGCCUGAGCGGUGGGCUCUGAGGGGUCCUCUCGGGCCCGUCCGUCCCCCCCCACCACCGGCCUGACCGCUGGAGGAGGGAAGGCCGGAGACAGGGUCGUGGGGGCCGCCCCCAAGGAACCGUUCCCGCCCGGGAUGUCUCUCGGAUCUGGCACGGGAGUACCGAAGCCCUCCCUGCUCUCGGGAAAGCCGGGAACGGCUUCGUCUGUCUGGUGCGUAUUUAUUAGGGGGAGGUGGGGGGUGGAGGGGCUGGGAGAUCGGGACCAAGUUUUCUCUGUACAGUCGGUGCCAUUAAAGCCACAAGACACG